AAUCAACGUUUUUUUCAUCCCUCUCCAGCCAACACGGUCAGCCUGCCAUGCACCAGGCUCCACAAGCCCCGCCUCCACAGCAGUACCAGCCAAUCCCGCAGCAAUACCAGCAGCCAAUCCAGCAGCAGUACCAGCCAAUCCAGCAGCAGUACCAGCAGCCAAUGCAGCAGCAGUACCAGCAGCCAAUGCAGCAGCAGUACCAGCAGCCAAUCCCGCAGCAGUACCAGCAGCCCCCCACGCAACAGGCCCCUCCCACUCAGCAGAGCUCUAUUCAGAUCCCUCUUGGCUCCCCCCCUCCCAAGGUGGUCAGCACCGCCUGCAUCUACCCCUCCCAGCCAGCUGCUGCCCCGCCCCCGGCCGGCCCCGCAUCCUCUAACCGACCCCCCUGGGUUUCCGAUACCAACUUUGCCGACAAAUUCGAUCCCAGUAAGAUGACCACCACCAUGAAGAUGCAGCCGCUGCCCCAGGGCGCCCCUCCUCCACCAGCAUACAUCCCCAACCCCUCCUCCGCCGCACAUGUAGCUCCCAGCCCCGCCCCCGCCACACCGAGCCCUGCCCCCUUUGCACCUGUGGCGAGGGGCGUGGCUCAGAGAGCGGAGAGGUUCGCUGCCGGCAGCCGUACGCCUCUGUGUGGGUCCUGCAACAGCAUCAUCAGGGGCCCCUUCCUGGUGGCCCUCGGCCGGUCCUGGCACCCCGAGGAGUUUAACUGUCACUACUGCCACAUGUCUCUGGCGGACGUCAGCUUCGUGGAGGAGCAGAACAGCGUCUACUGCGAGAACUGCUACGAGGAGUUCUUCGCUCCGACCUGCGCCCGCUGCAACACCAAGAUCAUGGGGGAAGUGAUGCACGCCCUGCGGCAGACGUGGCACACCACCUGCUUCGUGUGCGCCGCCUGCGGCAAACCCUUCGGGAACAGCCUGUUCCAUAUGGAGGACGGGGAGCCGUACUGCGAGAAAGAUUACAUCUCGCUCUUCAGCACGAAGUGUCACGGCUGUGACUUUCCGGUUGAGGCUGGAGAUAAGUUCAUCGAGGCUCUGGGUCACACCUGGCACGACACCUGCUUCGUGUGUGCGGUUUGCCACGUGAACUUGGAGGGCCAGCCUUUCUACUCAAAGAAAGACAAACCUCUGUGCAAGAAGCACGCUCACGCCAUCAACGUGUAGGCCGACCAACGUGGAGACGGACGACUGCACGCCGACGACUUUUACAACAUGUGUGUAAACGCUCUUUAUGCAAAUUAUACUUUGUUUUUUUUUCUUUUUGUGCAUUAAUAUUAAAACGACGCUGCCUGACGCUUCAAAACAUAAACAAAAAACAGAAGUGAUGAUGUUCUCUGUCCAGAAACCUCUGUGUUCCAAGUCUGGUGUGUGCCAAAUGGAAUAACUAUAUAUAUUCUCAAUAGUUAAUAAUUAUUAUAUGUAACUAAGUUGAUAAAUACAAUAAAGACAUAGAUACUAUUACAUUUAAUAUGAAUAAAUUAAUAAUAAUUUUAGCAUGGAUUGCACUUUGUACACUCCAAAAGCGCCAAAUGAAUAAAUAAUAAUAAUAAUAAUUCACUUUAAAAUGCAUUAUUUGAAAUGACUUCGAUUAACAAUGAAAUAACUAUUUAAUUUAGAAAAGACAAAAUAAUAAAAUAUAAUUAUUACUUGCCAGAUUUAUUUAAACAUUUUUUGCCUUCAGUUUUGUUUU